AUGACGUCUUGGCUUGUCCUUCCGUCGUCGCCAACAGGCAAUAAUCGUCGGAUUGAACUUGCUGGUCUCGAUUUGUGGAUCAUUCCGCGUAUUGACAAUGUUUUUGUCUAUCCAGGCGAGUUAGAUAUCAAUCAGUUUAAACAUGCACUCAGUGAUGCUCUUUCUUUAUGGCCAUUAGUUGCCGGCCGUUUUCUUGUGCUAGACGGCGGUCAUUAUUUCAUUGAAAUGUCAGACAACGGCAUCCCUGUUACGUAUGCUGGAAAUAACCAGCUAAAACAAUGGCCUCUCAACAAUAAUGUCGUGGUGGACAUCAUUGGAAACCCACUUCUACCGUUUAUUGAUGGAGUAAACACUAUGAACUUAAUGACAAAUCCUGUCGAAGAACCAUUGUUACGUUUAAAAUUGACAUGCAUUGUACAAAGUGGUGAAUGGGUUUUGGGUACAAGCUGGGCACAUGUUCUAGGUGAUGCUUCAUCGUAUUGUAAUUUUCUUAGUACACUUUCACGUUUGUAUCAAAAAAUGGAACCUGUGAAGCCGUUGCCGAUUUUUGAAAGACGUCUAUGGCAAGAAGAAGAAGCUGAUCAAUCACUAUCACCAUUAAUUAAGGAAUUGAGUAAUGCUAAACCAUUACAAGAAAUGGUUCAAUCAUUUCUCAGCAGAGAAGAAACACAUGAACAACUUAAUUUACAUUUUUCAGCCAAACAACUUUCUAGACUACGUGAAUUAGCUGGUGGUGGUACAGUAACAAUACAAGAUGCUCUUACAUCAUACAUCAUUCUUCUACUAAAUACUCAUUGCUUCAAAAACGAUGAUGAACGGCGUAUUCUACGCACAAAUACAGCUAUCAACUUUCGUGGUAUAUCUGACUCAAUUGCUCGAGAUGGACUUGUUGCUAAUGCUGUUAUCGUCAUGUCAUCUGAAAAUUUUGAUGAUCCAUUGUCCUUAACGAAUAUUGCCAAAACGAUUCGUCGAGCGAUAGUUCGAACACGCGAUCCGAAAUUUCUCGAACCAUGUCUAGCAACUGCUGACGGAUUAUUAAGAAAAAUAGUCCAGAAAAAUCUAUUGCCUAAUUUAGGUCCAUUUCGUAAUGAUAUAACCGUCAAUUCGAAUUUUCGUUAUGAUUGGGCAUUUCUUGUUGAUUUCGGCUACACGAAUAAAUGUCGUUUCUAUACACCAUGGACUGGUCGAUUAUAUUUUCGUGUGUUUCGUCUUAAUCCCACGAAAGAAGGUAAUGAAUGGAUACCUCGAGAUCAUGAUGGCGCUGAAGUUGCUUUUCGUAUUACACCUGAUAUUAAAGAUAAAUUUAUUAACGCAUGGCACAACGAUGUCGCAAAAAAUUUUUCGAAUAUCAAUUUGUAA